UAAACACUAUUAAUCAUCACCCAUUGCGCAAAGCAAUGUAAACGUAUAGUACAUUGCUUUACUUUUCGUUACAUCAGAAAUUGCUCGAGACACGUCGCUUUUGCGAUUUGGACACGUGUUUUUGUGAUUGUGUUAAAUACCCAAGCGGGAAAGUACGGAACGAGUUGUUGUGACGCGGAGUCCGAGCGAGUCUCUUGUAGUAAAAUAGCAAUACGACUAGUCUGGUAGAAGGUGGACGGUUUGUGAGCAGAGUUUUUGUGAAAUACGACAUAUAUUUUGUAUGGGUAAUAUUUUUCUUCACUUAACCGGAAUUUAAACCAUGCAAUUGUAUUCCGAUUUUUAUUUUAACCAAAACUGGAAUUGGCGUACAAAUAAUUUUAAUUCACUUCUAUACCUACCGUAUGGACUAAAAAUACAAAAAUAGUAAUUUCUAUAUUGACACUGGAAUUCAGUUUGGCAAAUAAGGAAACGUUAUUUUUUGUCUUAGAAUGCUUUUAGAGUACCUGUAUGGACAGUUGUGCUGAUAUCUACCUUAAUCGCUGUGAUGGUGCGUAGUAGAAUCAAAGUGGCUGUGGCUCGCCUACUGAUAGUGAUAGGCCUAUAUCAUCUUUCUUUCUCCCUCUUUCUUUACUUGAUAAAUAUGUAAAUCCUAAUCUAUUUUAUCAAAAAUACAACAUAUGGAUACAUAUAUCAAAUCAGUAAAUUUGACAUUGGUUUUGUCAUUUUGUGCAUCUAAAAUUGUAAUAGACUACAGUUGAAAUUUGGUUGAUAAAAACAGAAAAAUGAAAAUUAUGAGUUUAAUCGAUAUGAAAUAUGAACGACUCCCCUUGCUCUGCCUUCUAUGUUGUUUAAGUGUACCAGGAAUAUACAGUACAAGAGAUGUGGAAAGUUCGGAUGAAUUUAUUCCAACUCAUGAAUGGCAAGAAAUAAAGCCAGGUCAAGCGAUACCACCUGGUCUUCAUGUGAAAAUGGAUUUACAAAAAGGUGGCAAGUGGGCAAAGUUAAUGGAUAGCGAAAGCAACACUAACACAGAUAUGAAAUCUAUAAUAAUAAAAGAUGAUCCCAUAAAAAAGACACCAGAUGCUGCUAAAUUGGGCUCAUCGCAACAUUUUAAAAUUGAUGAACUCAAAUCUGCUUUGAAAAAAAUGAAGAAGGAAAAGUUUGAGGAAACAACGGAAGAACAGGAAAAGAAAAUAAAAGAGAAAUUUCGUUCAAUGGAUGAAAUUAUAACUGCAUUUGAUGAACUAAAACUAGGUAAAGAGACAGAUUUUCAAGUAAUGACAAUGUUGUUGAAUAAGUUUAAAGAUGUGAAUACUGCAAAUGAUGUUAAAGUUCUUGCACUGCAAGAUUUGGAGUACUAUGUACAUCAGAUUGAUAAUGCAGUUGAUUUUAUUCAACUUGACGGAAUUUCAACAAUGAUCAGUGCAUUGAAUAAUACAGACACAAAUAUAAGGUUAGAGGCUGCUCAUGUUGUAGGAUCUGCAGUUCAAAAUAAUCCAAAAGUACAAGUUAGGGCAAUGGAGAUUGGAGCUCUACCGGCAUUAAUUCGUAUUGUCUCAGAUACAAAGCAACCCGUGGCAGUUCGUAAGAGGUCUAUAUAUGCAUUGUCUUCUUUGAUAAGAAAUUUUCCUGCUGCUCAGUACAUGUUUAAGAAUGCGGGAGGCUUUACUGCCUUGAGGAAUUGCUUUAAUGAGGAUGAAAAACUAAGAUUAAAAGUGCUGUCUCUAAUUAAUGAUUUGAUUGUGGAGAGAAAGGAUCAACAUUUACUCAAUAAGAACAAAGAAGAACUUAUGAGACAAUAUAAAUUAUUUUCUCUGUCAUCUGCUAUUAAUGAAAUGGGAUUUUGUGAGAACAUCAUGUCAAUGUUAAAUACUGCACUACAUGAUGAAAGAGAAGUAUUACUGAAUGUGAUGGGAAAUGUACAUGGUGUUUGCAAGCAUGAAAAUAAUUAUAUUGAUGCUGCUAAAAGCGCCCUGGAAGUUUUCAAGGAGGAAUAUAAACAACUUUCAAAAUCUGAAGAAGAACAAGGAGAUAAAGACAGUUUUUAUCAUCAAUUAUAUAAAAGUAGUAAAGAUUUAUUACAAAUAUUCGAUAACGACGUUUCUAUUUCUAAGCAUAAUGAAUUAUAACAAAGCAGUAUGAGUUCGAAAGUCUCUCAGAUUUUUUAACUUCGCACUUCUUUGAGCACAGCGUCAUUCUGCUAUUCUUCUAUUUAUGUUUUAGUGCCUUAAUAAUGACCACUUAUGACAUAAAUUUUGCGAUGGUUUUUUAUAUUAUUGUUGCUCAGAACUUUUCUCGGAAAUGACUUUUAUGGACUAUGUCAUCUUUUCCGAGAUAUUCUAUGUGUGCCUUGUCACUGUAAUGUUUUGCUUUUCAACUUUUAUGUCAAUAUUACAAUAGGGAUAAUCCAGCGAUUUUCAAUCAUUUUCUUGUCAAAUAUCUGUCUCCCAUUAAUGAAGCUAAAAGUCAAAACCCCUGUUCGUGAGCUUUUGGAAUAAUCACAUCUGCAUUACAAAUGUCAAUAUGUUUACAUGUCUCCAAUAUUCUUGCUGAAUCUGACAUCUAACAAAGUAUGUGAGACUCGUAAUAUAUCGGCAUAUUUAUCAGUAUCGCUAAUCUUCAUAUCACAAUAGAUAUUUGAAUUUUGCACAUAAAUGCAAAUCACCAUUCUGAAUUUUUUUCUACUUAUUAUUCACUCAGAACAUUUUUAAACUGACGAGGUUGAGAAUCUUUGCACAAUCGACUUCAAACAUGAAAAGUAGAUUUUGUCAAUUCUAAGUUCUUGGGUUCGAGUUUAUUUAUUUUUCAUUGUGUUCAAUAUAACUUGAUACUGGGCCUGCAAAUUUCUCAGCGAGUACCAUAUUUUUUGCUUCUUAUUAGGAUAUCUUCACCAUGUAACUGAAACCUCAAAAAUUAAAUGUUAGACUGUUUUUAAAGCAUUAAGAAAAUGUGCCUCUGAUGCUUUCGCCAUCAUUAUAUCUUCAACAUGUAACUGAAACCAUGAAAAAUCAAAUGUUAGACUGUUUUUAAAGCAUUACGAAAAUGAACACCGGAUGCUUUUGCCAUAAUUUUCGUGUCAGGAUAAGAGUUAAUAGUUUGUCUGGAUAUCAGGGCAUCCACCCAUAUCAACUCGCUAAAUGAGUUAAGCGCAUUUGUUAAACUGUUGCAAAUACCGUUUUAGUGAAGUCUCUGGCGUCCUGGUGAGGUCUGUUAUAAACGCAUGGCCUCUAAACAUCUUUGACCAGGGAAAUAAUAUACUCUUACUUAUUUCGACGGACAGACGCGCCAACAAUACUAUCUUAGGUGGCCCGCUACCUCUCGUUUAGUUAUCAAGCAGUUAAACAACUUUUUACCACCCCUAAUAGAUAGGGCAGGCAUUUGGUGCAUCCAUUGAAUUUAUAUUUUUUUCACAUGGACAGAUGUAUCCUAGGCCAACAAUGUUAUGGCCAUGUAUCCUGCUUGUAUGUUUUUUUAUUGUGCAAAGACUAUUACGUUUUAAGAGGAAUAAACGCAAAAUUCACCAA